UAAACUCCACCACGUUUCCAGCACACAGUAGUUUGUAUGUGCUGCCGUCUUUAACAAUAAACUAGCGAGGGGAAAAGUGGACAACGAGCGGUACAUUUAAUUUGUCGCCACUCACAACGGAAAUGCAUUUGUGAAACUGAAAUGGCAAAAGGGAAAAAACAUGAGCUAAGGACGGACAACAAACUUGAAAACACUCCCGAACAAAAAAGGAGCGCGGAGGACAUCAAGGAAAACCUGCCCGCUGCUUACAAGAAGCAGGAUUGCACCAGAAAAGCACAAUCUUCCCCCCCGAGUGUACACAGUCCCAGCAAAUCCAGAUCGCCUCUGAGUGACACGUCAAGCAUGUUGAUUCAGGAAGGCAACGAGUCAGACGUCAAUCACGUGGACGCUGCGUCCAAAGUGAACAAAGACAUCCCUAAUGAGACACACUCUGAUGUGUGUCAACCCAAAGUGGGCGGGGCCGAGCGGGACAGCCGCAAUUACGAGACGAAAGAAGACGUUGCGCAUCAACCUCAACAAAAGGAGUCGCCGGCGCACUCAAACGUUGUGCCUGCGGAAGACCGCAAAGUGUCCGCGGCAAAAUCCCGAAGUCGAAACCCUCGCAGAGUCAAAGGAAAAAAGACGGAGAAUAAUGCCACCCAAAACAGGAAGGUGACAGAAUUCUUUCCCAUCAGGAGAAGUCACAGAAAAACUAAAGGAGAGCUCAAGAACGAAGAGCACAAGCACAUAGACGACCUCAUAAAGAACGGCGUCGAGGAGGGAAUGCAGGUGCGAGUGAUGGAGGGCAAAGGUCGAGGGGUGUUUGCGACCCGGGUCUUCACAAAGGGGGACUUUGUAGUGGAGUACCACGGUGACCUGCUGGAACUGACCGAGGCCAAACUGCGAGAGGCCCGCUACGCCCAGGACCCUCAAACGGGCUGCUACAUGUACUACUUCCAGUACAACACCAAAACAUACUGCGUGGACGCCACCAUAGAGACGAGCCGCCUGGGGAGGCUGAUCAACCACAGCAAGGCAGGCAACUGCCACACCAAGCUGCACGCCAUCGAUGGCGUCCCCCACCUCAUCCUGGUGGCGUCCAAAGACAUCCGGGCCAACGAGGAGCUGCUGUACGAUUAUGGCGACCGCAGCAAAGCGUCCAUCUUGGCUCACCCGUGGCUCAAGCACUGAAAAUGCUUUUCACGGAUUCGAACUGGUGCUUUUUUUAAAUUAUGUUUAAAAAAAAAAUGGAUGAAAAAUAACAUUCGUCCUUCCAUUUUGAAUGAAAUAGUUUUUAAACAUGCUCUUGGAAUGUGCUUUUUUCACAUCCUCUAAUCAUGCUUUUUUCUGCUUAUCAAACUGUAGCCUUUCCUAUCAAAUAUUGGAAAUGUUGCCUAUUGGCUAACAUGCCCACUCAUGUAAGUUAUUAACUGUGCUGUACAUUGAAGAAUAAAACACAUAAGGAGCUGAAAUG